AAAGACCUGACGUUAAUAAGGACCCCAACUUUUCCUGUAAAAGAACAAUAUGGUGGCCCUCUGGACAAGACCUACCCCGCUCUUCAAGCCUUGGUUGUCUUCCGGCAAUGGUGGAACAAAGGCCUGACGUUAAUUAGGACCCCAACUUUUCCUGCAAAGAACAAUAUGGUGGCCCUCUGGACAAGGCCUACUUCGCUCUUCAGGCCUUGGUUGUCUACCGGCAAUGGUGGACCGAAGGAAGUCAAAGACCCGACGUUAAUUAGGACCCCAACUUUUCCUGUAAAAUAACAAUAUGGUGGCCCUCUGGACAAGACCUACCCCGCUCUUUAGGCCUUGGUUGUCUACUGGCAAUGGUGGACCGAAGGAAGUCAAAGACCCGACGUUAAUUAGGACCCCAACUUUUCCUGUAAAAGAACAAUAUGGUGGCCCUCUGGACAAGACCUACCCCGCUCUUCAGGCCUUGGUUGUCUACCGGCAAUGGUGGACCAAAGGAAGUCAAAGACCUGAUGUUAAUAAGGACCCCAACUUUUCCUGCAAAGAACAAUAUGGUGGCCCUCUGGACAAGGCCUACCUCGCUCUUCAGGCCUUGGUUGUCUACUGGCAAUGGUGGACCGAAGGAAGUCAAAGACCUGACAUAAUAAUAAUCCCAACUUUUCCUGCAAAGAACCAUAUGGUGGCCCUCUGGACAAGACCUAACCCGCUCUUCAGGCCUUGGUUGUCUACCGGCAAUGGUGGACCAAAGGAAGUCAAAGACCUAACGUUAAUAAGAACCCCAACUUUUCCUGCAAAGAACAAUAUGGUGGCCCUCUGGACAAGGCCUACCUCGCUCUUCAGGCCUUGGUUGUCUACUGGCAAUGGUGCACCAAAGGAAGUCAAAGACCUGACAUAAUAAGAACCCCAACUUUUCCUGCAAAGAACAAUAUGGUGGCCCUCUGGACAAGGCCUACCUCGCUCUUCAGGCCUUGGUUGUCUACCGGCAAUGGUGGAACAAAGACCUGACGUUAAUAAGGACCCCAACUUUUCCUGUAAAAGAACAAUAUGGUGGCCCUCUGGACAAGACCUACCCCGCUCUUCAGGCCUUGGUUGUCUUCCGGCAAUGGUGGAACAAAGGCCUGACAUUAAUUAGGACCCCAACUUUUCCUGCAAAGAACAAUAUGGUGGCCCUCUGGACAAGGCCUACCUCGCUCUUCAGGCCUUGGUUGUCUACCGGCAAUGGUGAAACAAAGGCCUGACGUUAAUAAGGACCCAGAAAUGUUACGAAAGGUUCAGGAGGUGGAGAUGGCUCGGAAUUGUGUUACGAUGUAUCGGCAUGUUCUCAUCGAGGAACCUCGGUCUGUGUUAGUAUGUGAUGUAGAAGACUUGGAAGACUUGGAAGAUUUGGAAGAUUUGGAAAGAAAUUCAAAUUUUUGUUUGGGAAAUUGAAGAGAUUGUUACUGUAGCUGGAAAAAGAAAUGGGUACAAGGACUGAAUAAUUCUUGUACGGAAGAAACAGAGACGAAGGUUUUUGUUUCAUACAUUUGCAAAUAGAUGUGUAGCCACCCAGCUCUGAGCACUUUCCUGAGACAAGUGGCGACAAGUGAAAUGCUGAGGGAUGGGAUGCUGACACGCCCCUUUCUCUCUUUGCAUUCCUCUUGCCACUGCUUCUCUUGGGAAAUUUCUGUUAUGAAGCACCAUCUGCUACGAAGGAGAUGGCCACUUCGUAACGGCACUUGCCUGAGACAACUCAUGGCAAAAGAAAUGCAAGGAGAGGGGAUGUACGUUGGCCCCCCUUCCCUCUGCAUUACUCUUGCCACUGCUUGUCUCAGGAAAGUGCCAUAGGUGCCAUUAUGAAGGGCCUUCUGCUAGGAAGGAGAUGGCCACUUCAUUACAGCACUUAUAGCACUUUCCGGAGACAAGCCGAGGCUAGAGGAAUACAGGGGGGAAGAAAGUGUGUUGGUCUUCCUUUCCUCUGCAUUCCUCUUGCCACUGCUUGGCUCCAGUAAGUGCCAUAGGUGCAGUUAUAAAGCACCUUCCUAUAGGAAGGAGAUGGUCACUUCAUAACAGCACUUAUGGCACCUUCCAUAGACAAGCCGUGGCAAGAGCAAUGUAGGGGGAGUGGAAGUGUGUUGGUCUCCCUUCACUCUGCAUUCCUCUUGCCACGGCUUGUCUCGGGAAAGUGCCAUAGGUGCUAUUAUGAAACACCUUCCGGUAGGAAGGAGAUGGCCACUUUAUAAAAGCACUUAUGGCACCUUCUGUAGACAAGCCGUGGCAAGAGGAAUGUAGAGGGAGUGGAAUAUUGCCCCAUCAUUGGAGUCAGUGGGAGGAAUAGUGUCCCAUCAUUGGUGUCAGUGGAAGGAAUAG